CGCCGACCCUGGCUCGAUCAUGUUGCUCCCUGGCUACCAUUGAACCAUGGGGAAGCUCAGUGUAUUCUAAUUGUUGCAGUCUCGUCGGUGGUUCGGUUCUUUUAUCCUCUCAGUUCGGUUUUCGUGUUUUUUCUUCUUUCGUUCUUAAAGGAAAAAUCAACAAAUCAAACGACUCCACGGCCGUUGUCCUGCAUCAUCGUUGGACCAAUCUCCACUUCGCUGCCUCCACGCGCCCCUCCCCCACUCUCCCCUCCCCUCCGUGGGCUUCUCUCUCGUCAAUCUCUCCCUCUAGGACUGCUUCCUGCUCCGUGCUUUCUGAAUCUUCAUCUCUAUCAUCCUCCCAGUCGAUCCUGACGCCAUGCUGGGUCGGUUGUUGAAUACGGCAGCGUCGACCUUAAACCCGGCCACUUACUCCGCCAAACCGGGCCACCACCUCGAGUCCGUCACCGAAGAAGAACAUACUUCCGGCCUGCUAUUCCCCGAUGCUAGCCUCCUCCGACGUUCCAAUACCCAUGCCUAUCCGCUACACUCUACCUUCAACUCCCCGAAUGCAUCCACCGCCGGAGCCUACGAUGACCGGGGUGGCGUCGAUCUGGACUACAUGCGGGAUUUCCGCGUCAUCAUCGCCCAGAAUGCCCUGGGUGAUCGAGACGCCUGCGUGCUCCUCGACACUCAGGCCCCCCACGCGUCCGAGGUCGCCCCCCAAGGGUUGGGCCUGGAGCCGCAGCUCUUCGAGGGCGCCGGUCCCCGCCAUGCCCGCACCGUCUCGACCCUGUCGGCCCGUGCACCCCGCCGCGGUCUGUUGUCCCAGUCGACUACCGCCGACCCGAGCCCCCUGUCGGUCGCUGCAGAGACCCGCCGGUCCCCACCCAUCAUGUCUGGCGCCUUCAUGAGGGCCCGGCGGCGGAGUUCGACCCUCGCCGCCGCCGGCGGUCACCACGAUACGGGGCAUCCGCGCCUCCCCGCCGAUUCCACCGACUCCGGCCUGCUCAACUGCAUCUUCGGCAGCAGUGCCUUCAGCUAUCGGGGAUCCUCCACCAAGAUGCACAUCAUCUCUGCCGACGGGGAACCCACGCGGGCGCCCGGCAGCCCCGCCGCGUGGCCGGCGGCCGGCGGAGAAGGGCCCAAACCGCCCGCCAAGGUCACCGUGCUGCUGACCCGCAUGUUCAGCGUGAAUCUGCCCGAGGUCCGGGACCCGACCGCCUCCCCCGACCGUCACCCGCACGACGGAGGGGCCCACUCCUUCUACCCUGACUCCCUGCCCGAGGCCGGCUUCCCCUUCCCCGACGUGACCAAGCGAAAGAAGAUCAAGGAGAAGAAGACCCCGAUGUACGCCGUCGCCAUCACCGUCCAGAUCCCUCUCCUGUCGGUGCGUGGCGGCGGCGCUCGCCCGACCUCGCGGGUGAGUGGCCUGGGGCCCGACGUCUCCCCCCGACCGGGCGUGGCCGGCUCCCUCGACUCGGAGGACCGCGGCGGCGGCGGCUUCCUCCUCGACGACAGCCUGUCCGGGGCCACCCCACCCGCCAGCCUGGACGAGCGCAUCGAUCUGCUGGUGGACCACUGGGACGUCAUCAACCGUACCCUCUCCCACCUCGAGCGGCUCGCCCGCGCCGAGAUUCGCGUCGUGCUGCAGCAGGCCGACGCCGCCGCCGCCCUGCAUCCUAAGCCCGCCAAGGCCCCCAACAUGCAGCGCACCAACCAGACCGUCGUCCACCUGCCCGUCAACAGCCUCGCCGUCAACGCCCGCCUGCGAGACGAGGCCGUCCGGAGCAUGCGCCGCAUCGCCUCGUCCCUGCAGACGCCGCCGGUCGUCACGGGCCAGAGCCGCUGGGGCGUCUGGCGCGAGGAGGGCCGCUCCAUCGCCCGGACCCUGGGCGACAAGGAGCACAGUUUCUUCUUCAUGGUGCUCGUCACCGCCUUCCUUGGCAACCACACCGAGUGGCUGAACUCCCUGGGCCCCGAGUGGUACCGCCGGCGGCACUACCUGCAGCAGCGCGCUCAGCCGCCCGAGACCGACCCGCCCCUGGCCUACCGGACCGUCAUCGUCUCGGGCGACAAGAUGACCGCCCGCCGUCUAAUCUUCCUGCUUGCCGCCUUCCUCCCCCAGAAGCAGCGCUUCGAGUCCUUCCUCCCGUCCCCGCUGCGGCCCGGCACCGCCGUCUCGGCGCGGGCCCCCUCACAGAGCCCGCCCCACGUGCCCCUCCUGCGCCAGGAGUCGCUCCGCCGCGCCAUCGAACGACGGUCGCGUGCCCAGCGCCUGACCCAGGAGCCGCCCCGUCGGCGAUCCGCCAGCGCCUCAUCCGGCGAGACCGACGCGGCGCCCGCGGAAUUGGACGACCGACCCCGACGCGCCUCGGACGCCCGGUCCAUGCGGACCCGCGGUGUCGCCAUGCCCGCCCGCGACGGGCGGCGGACGAACGCCGGCCCCGCCACGACGUCCACGGCCACCCCGGCCAGCACGGUUCCCGUGCCGCACUUCGCUUCGCAGGGCCGCGGGGAGCGCGGUGGGAUGGACCCGGCGGUGACGGCGGAAGAGGAGGAAGACGCGGCGGCAGGUCACGACAGCCUGGCGUCGGAGAACCUGCUCAAGACCCUCCAGCGGAGCGACAGUUCAGUCCUCGGCACCAACAGCAGCGUCCCGUCGGCCGCGGGGCGCUGGGGCACGUUGUUUUCCGGCCUGUGGGGGGCGCGCCCGGCGUCGUCGACGGACCGGCGGGACGAAGAUCCGGCCGCCAUCCCGCCGCGCCGGCGGGCGGCCUCGGUGCAAGUUGGCAGCGCGGGCCCGAAGCGCGGACCGCCCCCCACGCUCCGUCAGAUGGUGCGCGAGGCCCAACCCAAGGCCUCGUCGCUGAAGAUGUCCGUCCACGGGAGCGAUGGGGUCGUCGACGUCGACCUGCCACUGCCGGGGUUCGUCUCGCUGUCGUCGUCGGGCGAGUCGACCACGGCGUCCCCACAGAAGCCGCGGACAUCGGUCACCAGCGUGGAUGCCGGGGCAUCAACCCACAGCAGUGUCUCCGGGUUUCAGUGUCCAGGCCGGGAGCCCGACGGGAUGAAUACCAACGUCGCCGGGUGGCUCCGCCGGUUCCAUGAAGACUUUUUGCUCCAGGCUGUGCGGCCCUACCCGGGGCUGGACGCGGACAUUCGACGGGCCAUGCAGGCCGAGCCCACGCCCAACCCGGUACCGGCGGAGGCGGAGGGGCCGGACCGGUGGGUCGACGUGGCGACGACGCUGGUGGCCGACGUGCGCCAGUCGACCGUGAAGCGGUUGCGCCUGCGACGGCGCGGGCCGGGGAUCUCAGGCGCCUCCGCGCCGGGCACGCCGCGCCACGUGGGCAGCGGGUCGGGGUUGGCGACGCCUUUUGCGAGCCUCUUUGGGGCGCCACCCACGACGACGACAACCACCACUACUACCACCACCACCAUCACCCCGGCCCCAGGGCCAAUUCUCGCCGAUCCAGCCGCGAUAGAGGAGCAGUUCGUCGAGGAGCCGGUCAUGGAUCUGGACGGGACGCUCGUGGACGCCUUGGAAAGGGUGCUGGCGCAGAGCGUGCCGCCGUCAAUGGCACCCACGCGGGCACCGUCACCGUCGCGAGCGCGCCGGGGCGGCGCCGACGACAAGCCCGAGGUGCUCAACCGCGACGAGCUGCCGUCGCUGGAAGUUCCGCGGACUGAGUGCCGCCGGCUCGUUCUGGGCGCGCUAGAAGAGGUAGUGCGCAGCGUGACGGCGGAGCACUGCCGGGAGGACGUGGAGGGCGAGCUGGGGGUAGGGGAUCGCGAGCGCAGGCGAUCGAUGGCGGGGGUAGAUAAUACGCUACGGGAGGGGAUACGACGAUGGCUUCUGGAUGUGGAGGAAGCGUGGUGAGAUUGAUUUUUUAUUUGCUGUGAUUUGAUUGCAUUUGCAUUUGCAUUUGUAUUGCAUUAGCAGUUAGACAUGAUACCCUUUUCUUUUUUCUUUCUUGAGUCUAUGCUGCUUUGUUUCUCAUUUUCUGCCUGUUUGCAUGUCUGCUUGUCUUGCUUUUCUUUUCUUAGUCUUGCUUUAUCUAAUUGUUCUUGCUUUAUAUUCUAUUCACCGUAUACGACGUGAGUGAAGCUAAUAGUAUAUCAGAAU